UAAAAAUGUAAGAUUAUAGUUUUCCAAGUUGGUGUCAGAACCUACAAAUCGGAAAUCACAAAAUUCGAAGCUUAAACUGUGGUAAUGCGUCUAACCUACAUUGACAAUUGUCAAGAAUGCCUAGAUACGAGCAAGCAUUUCGCGACGUGUGCUCACUUGCGGGUUCCUCUCGAGUUUCAGAUAGAAAGAAAUGCAUUGUAAAAUUAACAGAGCUGUACGACAGUGCAGAAGCUAUAGAGGAACUCGACACAAAUUCAAAGACUCAAAAUGGGACAGCAACUACUUGGACUGCAAUUAUGUACUCUGUACAUAAAGUAUUGUUACAUGAAGCAGAGAGAUCAACACGUGUGGACGAUAAACUAUCAGGUUCCACAUCUAAAUCAUCACGAGCACGUGAAAACAGGGAGUCCGUUCAUCGAAAUAAUUCCAUUACUAUGUUGGACACGGUUAAAAAAGCGAACAGCUCUGAAAUAUUCCUAAAAUGCGGGGACCUUGUAGGACUGAUACUUCAAAUUUUUUCUGAUCACAAAUACAUGGAUUAUCAAAAAAUAUACCUCACUAUUUUGGUAAACCAUUUACUGCCGGUUAAACAAUACCAAACGAAUAUGUCCUCUGAUCAUUGGAAGGAAUUGUUGGAUAGCUGUAUUGGAUUGUACAAAAACCCGUACCCUAAUAUUGACAAGAUUUUAAUUUUGAGGGCAAUUUGUGGUAUAGUACAACAUGGUUGCACGCAAUCACAUCUUGCUCUAAGGUUGAAAGGGAUUCUUCAAUUUUUAGUCCAAGUCAUCAAUGAUGCAAAGUCUGACCCAAGGAAUCUUUCCGACGACACAUUCGUACUAGUAAAUGCUGUAUGUCAACGAAUUGGCCCAGAAAGUAGAAUGGCUCUUUGCGAGUUUGGAGAAAUUGUUAUGCGUUCUGCAAUCGAUUUGAAUGAUAACUGCGCUAAGUAUGACUGGAUGCUGCUAGUAGUCCGAGCUCACCACCCUGGAAGUGUAACGCAAAAUCAUAACGCAGCCUAUGCUUGCAAUUGGGAUACAUGGAAUAAUAUAUUGCGUGCAAUUUAUUGCAUGGUUAUUAACAACCUCUCAUUGGAAUUUGUAUCGAUCAGCUUUAUUCAACUCGCUUGUGAAGUUUCAAGGCAACUGAAAGAUGAUUCAACGUCCAUUGACAAUGACAUUGCCAUAAAUGAAAGUAGUUUUUUAUUGCAACCACCGAAGCGCAGACGAACUGUAAUCGGUAUUCAAGGAAUGAUCGAUGUUCUUAUAACUACCCCACUUAACGAAUCUAAAUACUCAGUACAAAUUUUGAACACAUUGAUAACAGAGUAUUCUGAAUGUGUGAAAGAAAAUAAUUUCCUUCCACUACUUGAAUUUCUGAAUGCAUCACUGAAUACAUGCACAGAUACCGAUGUUAUGUAUCAACUAUGGCAAUUGGGUAGAGUUAUGGUAGAAUUUGAAAAAAAACUUUCGACUGACUUGAUUAAAAAUACUGAAAUUCAAGCAAUAUGGCUCAAGAUAUGGAACACUACUCUCAGGUCAGUAAGCAAAAAAGAGAACGACGACCAAGUUCAUAAACUCUUGCAGUCUCUUCUGGUAAACAAGAAAGUAAUCGAUGGCAACGACCUUUUGAACUUAUACCUGAAAGAUACAGUCACAUGGUCAAAGUUCAGUAUUCAUAGUCUGUUGGUUUUUUGUCAGCAUAAUAUAUCACAGAUUUCUGCAGAACCACCUGUACAUGAGAAUAAUUUGAUGCUACAUAAUGAUGUACCACUAAAAGUACGCCUUUUACGAUGGGUUUUAGCCAUUCCGCAAAGUAAAUGGAAUGUUGAGUUUCCUAUUGAAGAUGUUUGCGAGCUGCUGGUUGGCUUGACAUUGAAAUCUUGGCACAAUGUUGUCGAAGUUAACGUAUCAAACGUUUCUCAAUCGAGGCUCUGGAUGAAUAAUGAAUCCCUAUCAAAUCAUUCCUUGCCAUGUAAAAGUACACGAGAUAGUCUUACAAGUAUGGAGCGUGUUCACUUGUUGACAGCAUUUGAAAGUAGCUUGUAUGACGAAACCAACAUCAACAGUUUUCCACAAAGCAAAACUUUGACAAAUAACGUAUUGUAUGUUAAAACCAAUUGUGAUAUACUUGUCAAUGACUUGGUAACAAAAAAUACUGCAAUCAGUGAGUCGAAAUUUGUAAAUGUUCUCAUAUUACAGACAGCAGUCGUUGCUAAGGUGUUUUCAAACUUUUGCCAGUUGAAUAUCGCACAAGAGAGUAUGAAAGUAUCAUUUGGCACUAUAAUAAAGAAUUCGUUGCAGGAAAUAUCUCUAUCGAUCGAAGAAAUGAUAAAAUCUAAGAGGAAACUCAGGGGAAAAUCCCUUAUACACGUAUUAGAAGCUCUAUAUGUAUUGUACAAUACACCGUAUCACAUUGCUAUAAUUGAUAUUAUUCGGUCGUCCACCGAAUCUAAUAUGCUGAAAAAUAUCUUAUCACUGACGGAUGUUGAAAGACUGCGAAAAAUAAGUGAUGAAUCCGAGAUGGAUAAUUGCAAUACAAGUAUUGGUUACAUACAAAAUAUGAAUGAUUUAUCCGAAAGGCAUAGACUUAUGAGAAAAAGCGACGAGUUUCAGAAGACUGAUUCUCUGUCAGAAGCGAAUACUAUAAGAAUGAAAGCUUGUACAGUAUGUGCAUCAUUUUGUUGUAUGGUUAACAGCGAUGGAAUGACUCGAAGACAGGAAAAUUUGCAGAUAACUCUUCUACAGUCAGACAAUUAUGAUCUGACAGAAAUAUAUGACUUUAAAAUGGCUCUUCAAGUGUUGGAGUCAUUGAUGUCUGGUCAAUCAGUAUCGCUUUCUGGAAAUGUGAUUCAAAGUUUGUUGAAACUUUUACAGCAGUUAUGUAUAAUUUGGCAUAAGGAUAAUGAGGCUGUCAUAAGUAUUUUAAAAAUAUUAUCUAAACUGCUUUUUCGCAUGAGAUCUACGGGUAGUGAUGUACAACGCCAAAACUUGUUGCGGAUUUUACACAAAUUCCAUCAGCUUCUACAAAGUGAAAAUAACUACGGUCCAUCGACAUAUGUUACAUUCAUUCACUGCCUUGAAAUAAUUGCAAAAAUUGAUACCACUUUCGAUUGGGCUAAAUGGCACACUGAUACAGAUACACCUGUUGUAGAAGAUAUUUUAAUGUAUAUCCAAAGUCCGUUUCAUGUCGUUCGUCUUCAAGCCGUAAAGUGUUUGCAACUAGUAUUUGCUUCAAGUGAUGUAAACCUUGAAUGGCUGAAAGAAUUUUUUUAUAAGCUGAAGACUGUCAUUAACACUUUGUUCAUUGUUCAAGGGGAACUCAAAGAAAAAGUGAAAGAAGACGAAAGAACAAAUCGCGUCGCAAGUGCUCUACAUAUAAUGGGUAUUGUGAUUUCUUCCAGUGCUAUAUUUCGCAGCGAAGCAUUGCUAACCACAUUUCGAUUGACCGUAGACAAAAAUAUCAACUCUAAAAUUACACAGAAGAUGUUAGAUAGCAUCAGUUCGACUUUAAAAAUGAAGGAUUCAUCUACCCUAGUUGAAAAAAAUUUGAACUACCUUCUAACACAUUGGCUGGAGAAUGGGUGUUCUUUGGAAAAAUUUCCGGUACAUCUAGCUCACUGCUCGUCUGAUCAAGAAUUCUAUCAAAAGCAUAUGAACAUCGUCGUACCGACAGUCAUUCAGAAAUGCAGCCUGAAAGAGGCGCACAAUCUAUGCAAUCAAUUUGGUAUGCCAUUUAACAAAGUUGUCGAGGAUUGUUUUCCACGGCUCAUCGCUUGGCUGUUACCAUGUAUUUCUGCAGAUCCACAUACUCCAUCUGCUGGCAUUAGUGUUCUCGAUAUUCAACGAGCAACUGGUGUUUUCAAUCAAUUUUACAAAAAUGAAAACGAAUUUCAAACAGUUCAAAGAAUGUCUACGUUAAUUGAAAAGAAUCUAAAGAGCGUUAUACUCGACAUGAUUGAACGUUUACACGAUGAAGAACAUUUCAUGGAGUUUUUAACUGUCUCGAUUAAAUUUUCGUCCAAUGAUCCGCCACACUUCAAGCAUGAAGAUAUUACGCGAAGCUUCAUGUAUUUAGAUGAACAUAUGAUGGGAGCUGGUCAUUCCUUACUUUACCUCCUCGCUACCGAAAAGCAACAUGUAUUACAAGCAGUAUUAUUGGAUUUAAAAUGCAGCAUUUACAAUGUAAAUUCGAUUGAGGAUAAAUCAAAGGCACUCCAUCAUUACAUGUAUUUUUCAAUAAUGUUACUACAGCAAAUAGAUCGCCAUUACUUUGAUCAGAUGUCGGCGUACAUUAUCAGAGAUAUUUGUUACACCUUGAUCAAUCUCACACAGGAAAAUUUAAGGUGUAUCACCCAAGCAUCUUGCAGUUACCUUUACCAUCUGCUCAAGUACAUUUUACCUAAGAGGCAUACUGAUAUUGAAUCGAUCUUGAGAUCGAUAGUAACGAGUAUGAUACCAAUUGUAAAAACUAAUGAAGCAAGACAUGCUUCCGAGAUCCUGACAUUCCUUAUUGUUGAGCAAAAUCAUUUACUUGGAGAAGCAAUUGGAAGAUUAGAUUCGUUCCCCAUGGAUGAAGUUUUUCAAGUAUUGCGAGAUAUACAUUUAAAGUUGAAAUAUAAGAGCAAACAAAAGCAAAGCUUGGAGAACGAAAUUCGACACUUUUUAAAUACACGAAGUGAAAACACGGAGGAUUACAGUAUUGCAGAACUUGAAAACUUACUGGAACAGUUGCAGACUCGGAAAAUAGAAUUAAAAGAAAUCUAUCAGAGUCUAGGGUCUGUUCAAAAAUUUUCUGAAGAUUGUGCUGUCAGUAUAUUGCAUCAAUUAAUUUGUGCAUUAGUGAAAUUGACUUCGUCUUCUGAUCCUGAUAUCUCGCUCGGGGCCGCAAAAUGCUUAGGUGAAUUGGGGCCUGCCGAUUUAUCAACAAUGAUCUUACAACCAGAAAGUGAUCACAAAGAGUUAGUCGCAAACCCGAUGUUCGCAUGUACUUACAGAAUACUUGUUCUCUUAUCAAGCUUUUUGAUUCAUACCGACGUACUACUUCUAACUGCCACAUCUGAAGCCUUAUACAAAAUCAUGGCUUCUUACUGGGGAGCACAAAUAUUUGUCGAAAAAAGUACGAAAGUACAGUUUGGAGCUACUAAGGAAUCGCUGCGAAUUGAAUACAUCAGACCAUUCAUUACUAGCCUCAGCCAGGCAAAACAAAUUUAUACAAUAGAUCAGAGAAAUUUCAUCAAAUGCAUCGAUCAGGACCAAAAAUUGUGGUUCAGUAAUUCGUACCGCUCUCACAGUGAUUGGAUAGCAGACAUCACAUGUGAAAUUCUGAACUGUUUCAGUGACUCUUACUUGAAACAUUUGAUACCAGUUUGUAGAGCAAAUGUAUUAUUUUGUGAAAAAAUAUUACCAUGGAUAAUUCAUUUGAUACUGUACAUAGAAAAAAAAUUGUGCACUGGAAUAUGCGACUACAUCAAUCGGUUCUUUGAUCUUCACUUUACGAAUACCGAUGAGUUAAAAAAGAAGUCAUCUCCAAGAGACAUGCACUACAAUAUCUGUCUGAAUCAGCAAUCAGUUCGGUGCAUGCUGAAUGUAGUUGAUUACAUAAGAUCACAGUCGGCGGACAAUUAUCAAUUUCCAUUAAAUUAUUUACACAUAGCAAAAGCUGCUCAGUACUGUUCAGCUUACUUUACAUCCGUGCUUUAUGCUGAAUUGUGGUGUGAAAAAUUACUGAAAGAAUGCCCAGUGAUUGAUUAUUCAAUGCCCAUCGAUUACAUUUGUGAAAUUGAAACUGAAAAUGGGAAGGUGUUGCAAGAGAUUCUCAGAGAAGCAUGUAUAAAAAUUGGAGACCCUGAUGCUAUUUAUGGAUGUGGCAGGUCAUAUUUUCAAAAUGUUUCAGCCAAAAUAGAACAUUACGUUCAGCUUCGUCAAUGGAACAAAGUACUUCUUGCAUAUGAUAUAGAAGUAUCGCUUGGAAACAAAAAAGCAACCAAAGGUUUACUUGAUGCAUUGCAGCAUUCUGGUCUGCAAUAUCUUUUAGGUGCCUUUGUCAAAACUGUUGAUAGGAGCGAAGAAGACUUAGAUGGCAAUUGUCGAUAUGAGUGUGCCUGGCGAUUGUCAGAUUGGAGUAUAUCCACGUCCCAACAAAUGAUAAAUCUUCGACAAGAAAACUGCACUAGCCUUCAAGCUUCUGUCAAUAAUAAUUAUCCCUUAUUUCAUUAUCAUGCACUUAAAUCAUUUCAUGAACUUGACACAGACGGCCUCAAAACUGCUAUAAAUUGUGGACGCGUCUGCAUUAUUAAUUCAUUGCGGAACAUCAGUUUGGAAAGUUGUAAGACCAUCUACCCUGCUUUAUCUCAACUUCAAAUGCUGCGUGAAAUUGAAGAAAUAUACUUUGCCAAGCUUGAUGAUUAUAGUUCAAUGAUUGAAAAAUGGAACACACAAGAUUCUAUGGGAGUUAAUGAUUUUGAAUAUAUUGAACCGAUUUUAUCACAACGAAUAGUUUUGUUACAAUCUAACGAAAAAGGAAAAAAUCAAGUUGUCAAAAAUGCUCUUGUUGAUACAUAUUUUCGAUUGAAUCAAUUAUCUAAGAAGCAUGGAUAUUCUCAAACAUCUGCCCGAGCCUUAGGCAGUUUGGCGAAACAGGUUGAAUUGUCAGCUGAAGUAAAAACUAAUCUGCAAUACGAAGAAGCAGUCUUGGCAUGGAUGAGCGGGGAUCAAGAACUUGGGCGGCAUCUUCUUCAUAAUUUGUUAGUCAACGAGACCUUGAGUCUAAGUAUGCAAGCACAGGCAUUUACACAAUAUGGAAAUUGGAUGGCUGAAACAAAAUCAGAAAAUCCGCAAAGGGUUAUUGACAAGUACUAUUUGACCUCUCUGAAGUACAGUGAGAAGAUAAAAAAUCCAACAGAGAGAGACAAAAAAAAUUUGUUAGAUACUCAAGCUGCUUUGGCACAAUUUGCUGACGUCCAGUACCAGCGAAUACUAUCUUACAUGAAAUCACCACAAUUUGAAAGCUUUAAGGAGUGUGUGGCUUACUCAGAAAUGACUGCUGAAACUUUGUCCACACAUUCAAAGGAUGUCGACGAGAGGCGAGCUGCUAAUCUCAAUAAGAAUCAAACCAGUAAUGAUAUGGCAGAGUUGGAAAAUAUUGAAAAAGAGAAAAAUAUGUACUUGCUGUUAGCACUGAAGUAUUACAUCUUGACAUUGCAACAAGGCGAGGAUCACAACUUGUUGGUGUUUCGACUAGUGUCUUUAUGGCUGGAUAAUACUCAUCAUAAAGAAUCCAGUGAUUUGCUACAAGCAUAUCUGAACAAACUUCAGUCUUACAAAUUUGUCUUACUUGUGCCACAACUAGCCCCACACAUGACUAACUCUGGUGAUGCAUUUUCUAACCAGAUUUAUGAUUUAUUACGAAGAUGUGCUAUUGAACAUCCGCAUCAUACAUUGCCAGUACUCUUGGCGCUGAUGAAUUCGCACAAAGAUCAUGAAUUCCAAAAAGGUAAAAAAAGGCAGAAGAUCAGCCCAGAGCCGCGGGUUCUAACUGCACAAAAACUGAUUGAAAAUCUCAUGUCUACCAAUAUCAAUCCCAUUAUACAAGAAAUGCAUAAACUGGCACAUUCCUUGAUCAUGUUAGCAAACUUAGAAACGCCAAGAAGUAACUCCCAAAAACUUCCAGUGCCGAACGUCUCUCAUUCAGUUCAACAAAUUAAAAACUUUAAACAUACUCUAAUACCAACAUUAUCGAUUGAUAUAAAACCGAACAAAAUUUAUAAUCGAAUUGUUAGCAUAGAAAAAUAUGCGAAUGAGUUUGAACUUGUUGGAGGUAUUAACGCACCCAAGAAAAUAACCUGCCUGGGGACUGAUGGUGUUACGAGGAAUCAGUUAGUUAAGGGAAGAGAUGAUUUAAGGCAAGAUGCAGUUAUGCAACAAGUAUUUACCGUUAUGAAUAUGCUUCUCAAAACCAGCAAAGAAGCCAACAAGCGUAGACUGAAUGUCCGUACAUAUAAGGUGGUGCCUCUGACUCGAAGAUGCGGUGUUUUGGAAUGGUGCAAUAAUACAUUGCCUCUCAGUGUGAUUCUAGAGGGAUCUGUCGGGUAUUUGGGACUUCAUAAAAAAUAUUAUCCGAAUGAUUAUACAACAAGGCAAUGCAGAAUGAAAAUGGAGGCAGUCUUCAAAAAAUCAAACCAAGAAAAACUUAGGGUUUAUAUAGAUUGUUGCAAACAUCUUCAUCCGGUUUUCCAUUACUUCUUCCUGGAGAGUUUCUCAUCCCCAGAGACUUGGUUUGAACGAAGAUUAGCCUAUGUACACAGUGUGGCAACAACUUCAAUGAUAGGGUACAUCUUGGGGCUUGGUGACAGGCAUGUGAACAAUAUCCUGGUGGACAAAUUGACAGCUGAAGUCAUUCAUAUCGACUUUGGUAUUGCAUUUGAGCAAGGUAAAGUGCUGCCGACUCCAGAGACCGUUCCAUUUAGAUUGACCAGAGAUAUCGAAGCUGCGAUGGGUGUAUCAGGGGUAGAAGGUGUUCUGAGGCGGAGUUGUGAAGAAACAAUAAUUGUGCUCCGAAAUCAUAAAGAAAUCAUUAUAACACUCCUACAAGUGCUUCUUUAUGAUCCCCUCUUUUCAUGGGCCAUAACUCCAGCUAAGGCUUACAGUCUUCAAAAAGGCGAACAAGAAGGUUCCUCGGAAGGUCAAGAAGCUGCUGGAGAAAUAAACAAACUUGCAGAGAGAGCACUCUUACGAUUAGAGCAGAAAUUGCAGGGGACAGAAGAGGGUUCAGCAUCUAGUGUCGCUGGACAAGUAGAGAGGUUGAUUCAAGAGGCCCACGAUCCAACUAAUCUGUCUCGUUUAUACUAUGGGUGGCAACCCUACCUAUGAUUUUCCAUUUAAUCUGAAUAAUAAAACUUUGUUCUACUUUUGCUGACAUGAUGAUAUCCCCUCUGGGAGUUACGAACUUUCAAAGUACCUCCUCGAUUUCACAGUGCCAUAAAAUCUACAACGAGUAAAUGAAGGUUUCAUUAACUGUUGUGAUAUUUUUUUUGCUUUUAUAAUAAAGUUCCGAGUAGUGUUCUCGAAAAACCCCAGAUUUCAUUACAUGAAACUGUACCUACUUGAAGUCGUGACAUUUCGAAUUUGAUAAGUAAAGACGAACCAUGUAUAGUAUACUUCUUAUCCCGUAUAUGUUUUUACAUCUUUUUUGUACUGUUAUUGUAUUACUAACUUAAAAGAAUAUUGUAUUCUUAAAUAAAUGUGUUUAUAUCUUGUUAAUUCAAUACCAGUAAAUACAUUCUAUCUUGAGGUUUUAAGGGAGAGCUAUGCACAAAAUAGGUUUCGAAAUAGAUGUAUUUUCAGUUCGUAGU